AGCUUCAAGCUAGUUGAACAACGCUAAAUAUGCACUCAUUCAAGUUUACUACUCGCCCAUUCGCUCUCGUCCUCGCAAUCGUCUGUCUCGCAAUCGCGACACCCACCCCGGACGUUCACGCAGACCCAGGUCACGGUUCUGGCGCUGUCGUUCACGCAGUGGGCAAUGCCCCCGAUGGUGCUGUUAUCAAGUACACAAUUACGACCCAUUUGCCCGAAGCCACCUCGCCCACCGACAAAACACUGGGUGGUUCGACGCUGGAGCCCGACUCUUCGGAAUGUUUUGCUCUAGGCACACUUUGCUCAUUCGAUAGUAAUUGUUGUUCGGGACAUUGUAAUUCCAUUCCCCUUAUUUUUGUCCUGGGUUUUUGCUAUCCUUAGUGAACUUUUGGGGACUGAGGCAAGUGAUCGUGAAUAGGUUGGGAUGUGUAUCCGGACAAUAGUAUUCCAUUCAAGUUGUAGUUCUUGCACAACUGAAAAAAUUUGUUUCUGUCGACUCAA